AUGACACCCACAAAAAAGCGCCUCGAAAAAGAAUACCAAAGCCUCCGCAAAACCCCCGCAACCGGCUACCACGUCUCCCUAAAACACGGCGACAUCUUCGAAUGGACAGGCACCCUGCACGGCCUCGACGCCUCCCCCUAUGAAGGCGGCACCUUCGCCUUCCACAUCCAAUUCACAGACGAAUACCCCGAGGCACCGCCCAAAGUCAACUUCACGACUAAGAUCUACCAUCCCAAUGUUGAUGGCAGAACGGGGGUUAAAAACAAGUACAAGAGUUUGCCUCCAGCCUCAAAUUUACAAAACCUCCAAAUCCCAUCGAAUCUGCUCAACAUGGACCAAACCCGCGCAGAGACAAUCACCGAUUUCUUCCAAACGCUCAUGGACAUCAACGUCAAGAUCCCCAAGCUAGCUCGUGGCAUGGAAGUAAAGCUACUAGCUGCAUGUAUGGAUGCAGGUGUGGCUCCCUUCUGGGAUGACUUCACUGAACUUUCUUGGCCGCAGCUGCUUACUCUGGCUAGGAAGAUGGAGCAUGAGGCGGCGGAUAUGGUUAACGCUAAAAUGCAGGGCAAUAAUUGGGAUAAUGAGGAUAUGAGGGAGCAGAAAAUGGAGUAUCUUAAGGCUGUGGCAAAAGUUGGGCCUAAUGCGACACCGAAGGGAUUGGAGAACUUUGCGGGAAGGGCGAAGAUGAUGUUGGAGCAGGGUAAGAUGGAGAUGGAGAUUGAAAAGGGUAUGUCGGGAUUGAAGGUGUGA